AUGGCUGAUGUGGCCAAAUACUCUGCGUCUAGUUAUUAUGGAGAUAAUAUAAUAAGAGAUUUUUCUCAAGGUACAGGAUAUAUGGAGAAACCACCGUGCUUGCCUGGUUAUAAUUGUGAAGAUGUAACCAAAUGUGCGCCGGUAUCUUUUGAAGAUCAAAACAAUGAGGGUGAAUUUCUUCAUGGAAAUCCGAAGACGACUUGCGUCCCUGCAGAAUCAUACCCCCUGCGAGAGGGUGAAUGGAACUACUACUACUACAAUCGGCAGGGCACCACCACAAGCACCAUGGCUCCGAUGUUAGCUGAUACUACAACUAGUACUAGUACAACUAAAAAAAAAGACGAUGAUACGACGACGGAAGUACUCAGAUGCGACAACGUGGCCAAGUGCAGUGUUCAUCAGUGGUGA